UUUCCCAUCCGCCUCCCUCCGUGUGCCACCCUCACUGUCAAAUUUCCCCCACCAUCGACACAAUGAGAAUGCUGCAAUUGUUGACAACGCCUUGAAUACUAGACACUUGGCCCCAGAGCCGAACGCAACUCCUGGUGAUCGCGAUGCUCCACCAUUUUUUUCACCGAUUAAUCUGCAUCGGGAGUUUUAACCCGUCAAUCGCCGGUUGUUAAUUUUUUUGGGUUUAUGUGUGUGAUCGGUAUCCGGUGGAUGUUAUAUUGUCUCAGUGAUGCGCAUAAACGGUGAUAGUUAGUAUCAGGACUUUAUCCUUGAUCGUUGGUUGGCUGAGGGGCAGGACGAAUGAGACAUUGCGACAUUGCGCGGUUUAUGCAUUGCGCAUAUGCCAUCCCGUUUUUCCAGUUCAGAGUGUAAGGGUUUACCGAUGCCGACGGACAAAUGCCCUAUGACAAUUUGAAUAGUCGGGGAACGUGAUACCGUACGAUUGGCAUUGCAACAUUUACCGACAUUAACCGCCAGGGAUUAAUGUUGGUUGCGGUUUAUUUGUUAUUUGUUUGCAAUUUUUUUUUCCGGUCAUGUGUGAAACAAGUGACUUGGUGAUUCUGUGAUGCUCUGGCGAUCUGGAUUUUUGGAAAUUUUCUGAUCAUUUAUUGUGGUAUCAUGUCGCUGCCCCGGGGUGUUGGCUUGGGUGUCGAUGUUGGACAGUUGAUGCAGCAUCAGCAGCAGCAGCAGCAGCAUCAUGUACUGCCUGCUGCAUUUUUUCUACGUGCCAGUGCUGAAAGGUAUCAGAGGACACCCAAGUGCGCGAGGUGUCGAAAUCAUGGAGUUGUGUCGGCUCUCAAGGGACAUAAACGGUAUUGCCGGUGGAGGGAUUGCGUUUGUGCUAAAUGCACGUUAAUUGCCGAGAGGCAGAGGGUUAUGGCUGCACAGGUUGCCCUGAGGAGACAACAGGCGCAGGAGGAGAGUGAAGCCAGAGAAUUGGGUCUACAGUUGCAGUAUAAUAACGGUGGAUGCACCAGUGGUCCUGUCAUGCCAACAUCAUCAUCAACAGCACCAACUCGUGACAGUCCACCACCACAUCCUCAUGUCUCGAGUCCAGCUGGUCUAGCUAUUGCUGCAGCAGCAGCACAGAUCCAGACACAAUUGCACCAACAAAAUGACUGCGGACUGCUGAGGAUGAGGGUUCCCCAGGACGGAUAUCCAUCACCAGAUAAAAAUGAUGGAUCAAUGAGUGGUACCAAAAGAGCGAGAUUGACCGUCGACUCAAUGACCGAAGACGACAGGGAUUCGGACUCCGGUGCAGAAGCCAGACCGUCGACAAAAUCGAGAUCUCGAUCACGAUCGCGUUCACGGUCUCAUUCAGCGAGUCGUACACAUGCGAGUGGUUCGAGUGGUCAUGGAAUGACAAAUGAAUCGGACUCGUUGAUCGGUAGAAAGAGGGAAAAUAGUGGUAAUGAGACGGACGACGGCAGCCCAGAACCAGGUACACCCAGUCCCACCCACACACCACCCUUGACACCGGCAUUGACACCACAGAGGGUUGACACUCCAGCACCAGAAAAUUUGAGUUUACGGAAGGCAUCGAGCUCCCCUCAAACACCGAAUCAAACUAUUAUGCAGGCGGUGGAUCUUGUACAGCCACGACACAGCCCACCGCCGGCUUCCCUAGCUGCAGCAGCAGCAGCCGCUCACUUUUCCCCAUAUGCACCUCUUUAUGGACCAGCGAGUUCCUUGUAUUGUUCACCAGCUCUGUAUCAACCCCAACACCAUCAUCACCACUUAACCACCGAGCCCCGAGAGAUUCAAAUGCAGAUGCAAAUGCAGAUGCAGAAUGUUCAAGCGUGUGGCCUCCAAGUUCAACAGCACUCGCAGCAGCAACAGCAGAGAUCACCAGUUGAUGUUUUAUUGAGGGUCUUUCCUGGGAGACGUCGAGCCGAUGUCGAGGCCCUUUUGCAUCGUUGUAAAGGUGAUGUUGUCUCAGCGAUGGAAGUUUUAGUCUGUGAAGACAGCCUUCAACCAAAAUCAGCAUUCUCACCUCUAGCUGGUGCACUGGCAUCAGCUGCUGCUGCAUCAGCUGCUACAUCAGCUGGUGCUUAUGUAUCACGCGGUGGUUAUUGCGGUCCCAGUCCACCAACACGUCACAGAUUUCUCGCAGCUCCUUACACAGGCACUGGAUAUCUGCCCACCGUCAUAAGACCACCAAAUCAGGGAGCACACCCUAAUGGCACUGGUGACGCCUACCGGGAAACCAGUCCCGAUGAUGCAAGCGACAAAACCAGUUACUCCGAGUGACCUACCGAACUCGUUCAUCAGAUACCCUGGAGCUACCCAUAGCCCUGACUGGGUUGACGAAUUAGGAAUAAAAAUGGGAAUGAGGGACUUCAGACAUCUUUUAUUCAGCGAAUCAUGAGGUCGAGAUUCAGCGAUUGUUUUCACACUCUAGGUAUUACAAAUGGAGAUCUCUAAAUUUUCGAGGAGAAUCCCUUGAAUUUAUUUAUCAUCACAAUAUUCACACGCAUUAAAAUCACUCGAUUAUUAUUUUCAUUGAUUUUCUAGAGUGUGGAAUAACAAUUGGGCCUUGAAAGAUGUCCAAUAACUUUUAUGUGUGUAGAUAUCCACAACUCAUAAUAAAUGAAGAAAUAAAAAGACUUAAUAGUGUGAACGUAGAUAGAAUCGUUGAUAUAAAUUCAAUAAUUGAUUAAAUAAAUUCUAAUGAAAUAUUGAAAAUGUAAUAGAAGAGACAACA